GGACUAGAGAACAAAUCAAGAACGAUGGAAAGUCCAGCAAAAGCAUAUUACAACAGAACAUGCAGACGCCUACACGAAAUACCUCUCAUUACAGAAACGCUAGUGGUAACAAUGUUGCGGCGUUAAGACCCUCAUCAACACACAAUCAGCGUUCUGUCUCAGAGCGCUUAACCUUACAAAAAGAUGCUCAUAAACCACCAGUACCAAACAACAACAACGCAUAUCCCUAUACAACCAGCAACUCUACUUUGAAUCCUCUUCCGAGAGCAGGCUCUAGAACAGCAUCGAGGGCAGCGUCUAGGGUACUGUCAAGAGGAAAUUCUGCUUUUCCAACACCUUCGGGAUUAAACAGCAUUUCUUCGUGUACACCACAAAGAAGAACCUCACUUUCUAGGAGCACAUCAAGGUCUUCAUCUUCGAUCGGAACUAGUUCAGUAAGCUCCUCACGUAUUCCAAGCAACACCAUUUACUCGGACUCCCCUUUGUCCCUAAGUACUCUAGAAAAUAACUCGCAGCGUAAAAGUUCUCGCAUACGAGUCACUGUCAGGCCAUGUCCACUUACUGCUGAACAGAAUGGUAGAAAUAUGCCCACACCGUGGAAUAUAGACUGCGCAAGCUCUCAGAUUGAGCAUCCUGAUCUUGGAUUUUUUCAAUAUGAUCAUGUUUUCGCCACGCAAGACGAUAAUCAAUGUGUGUUUGAUGUGGUCGGUUCUCCGGUUAUUCAACAAUGCCUGGAUGGAUACAAUGGUACAAUAUUUGCCUACGGUAUGACUGGAUCAGGUAAAACAUACUCUAUGCGAGGUGUGGUGAGAAACUCAGUGUCACUUUUGUUUGAUAAUUGUACAAAGAAGAAAAUCAAUUACAUGACUUGCUCAAUUUUGGAAAUCUACAAUGAAAAGUUGAACGAUUUGUUGGCAGAGGACAAUAAAAAUACCAGAUUCCCAAAUCUUUCAAGUGAUUUGAGGAUAGUCGAUGACGACAAGUUUGGUAUUAGUGUUCGUGGACUACGCGAAGUUAGGGUCACAUCCACAGAUCAGCUACUUGCUUUAAUUGACCAGGGAGAGCUAUUAAGAUGCACUGACAGUACAGACUAUAACUACAGGUCGUCACGUUCUCAUUUUAUCAUAAUGCUGAAACUUUUUAUGGAAGAUAAUGAAGGAACUGAGAUUGUUUCAUCUUUGAACUUUUGUGAUUUGGCUGGAAGUGAGCGUGCUACAUCUCAUACUGACAGAAGGAAAGAAGGUGGAUAUAUCAACAAAUCUCUAUUAGCCUUGGGAACCGUAAUCACCAAACUCUCUGAAAAUGUGGGCAGCUCUGCUAAUGUCCAUGUGCCAUAUAGGGAUUCAAAAUUGACCAGAAUAUUGCAGCCCUCACUCAGUGGUGGAUCAAUGGUGUCUAUUUUAUGUACGAUCCAAUUGGGCCUGAAUGUUAUUGGUGAAACGACAAACACCUUAAGAUUUGGAUUCCGAGCCAGAAAUGUUGUUUUGAACGUGAAACAAAACACUGCAGAUAAUGAUCUCGGAAAGCUAAUGCAGGAAAAUGAAAAUUUGAAGUUGGAAAUAGCGGAACUGAGAAGUCUUCUACAGAUAAGCAACAACAAUUCAGCGGGUGGGAUCGCCAGCAUGAACAACAAGACCAGUAUGUGCGUUGAAAACGACGACCUAUAUUAUGAGCUUGUGGCUGAGAACAACAUACUGAACGAGCAAGUCGAACAUCUGAAGAGGCUUCAACUUGAAGAUAACAUCAGACGGUCACAACAUUGCAAUGAAGAACUUGGUAAGCUCAACGAUCUGCUGGAUGGAUUGGAUCUCGAUCCGGGCACAAGAAAAAAAAGCAAAGAAAUAUUUGGUAUCAUGGAAAUAGAACUACGAGAGUACAACAGUAGGUUCAACGAAACAGAAUCAUACGUGGCGCAUCUUGAAAACCGUAUUCGUGUAUCCGAAAUCGAGUUAGCGAGAUACAGACAAUUACAGCAGCAAGAGCAGCUAGACAGUAGUAGCACGGUUCUGAACACUGUGGCCACUCUUAACAUCUCGGCGCUAAAGCGUGCCGACCAUGCCAAGGAUGAGCUGCUCGAGGAGUUGCAAGAAGAGAUUGCCGAACUCAAACAGACUAUGAGACGCAAGGACGCCAUGAUCCGGGCCUUGCAGAAGGUGGGCGUGGCGGACGGACCGUAAACGCAAGGGCCAUCUUCGUAACUUUUAUAUAUAUACAUACAUCUCUGGUUUUACCGUAAGUUACUCCGCCGCAAGUUCUUCCAUCUACCUGCAUUCGACGAUCUGUCGGUGCCCAUCACGCUGCCGCCCCCUGCCCUAUCUGUUGCAUCCCUGCCCUCUUCCUGCUCCGUCCAUUAGUCAAGACGGGCAGUCGCCUGGCGUUCCAGGUGGUGCGAAAAUUUUCAGAAACGUGACACGGAGCUUAAUCCGGACGAUUGUUCUGUUCGUACAUUGUGUUUAAGCUGG